AUCAAAAAUUCCGUGUUAUGCUCAGGCUGAGAAGGCUAAGAAAUGGCGUGAGAGACGUCGCAUGACACUCCUUUCAGUUCCACUGCGCAGUGAGACCAAUGGAACAACUCCCCGCCUUUCUCAUCUUACCCAAUCAGAACUGGUCCGCCAUUGCAGGAUGACUUCCCCUUACUCACAAAACCCUAGACCUUUCCAUCUCAAUGUCGCCCACACUCAAGCAAAUCGUCGCCUUAACUUUCCUUCCCAGCUUCCUACUCUACCUCAUAUUCCUCCUUCCUCUCCGCCCCCGCAGCCACUUCCGCGCAUCGACCGCCGCCCCUCUGCGCAUCCCAUUUCAUCCGCCUCCGAGAAUAGCCUACUUUAUCUCCGGGACCAACAAUGACGGCCCAAGGAUCUUUAGGCUGAUCCAAGCCGCCUACCAUCCGGUGAACUACUAUUUGAUCCAUCUUGACCAGGCGGCGUCCGGGAAACAACGGGAGCAGCUUGCGCUGUUGGUGGAUUCUGUGCAGGUUUUCUCUGCCGCUGACAAUGUUAAGGUUGUUGGGAAGGUUGAUGCUGUGAAUGGAGACGGAUCUUCGCCUCUGGCGUGUGUGCUUCAUGGUGCUGCUGUUUUGCUCCGGUGGCGGAAUGAUUGGGAUUGGUUCGUUAAUCUGGAUGCCUCUGAUUAUCCCCUAAUACCCCAAGAUGAUUUUCUCCAUGCCAUGUCUCUUGUUCCGAGGAGUUACAACUUCAUGGGGCGUAUUAUAAACACCAGCUCACUUGACUCUCAAAUGAUUAUGGAUAUUAUUGUUGAUCCUCGCCUCUACCUUCUUACAAAGGGGAAAAUGUUUACAGGCAACAAAAAACGUGAACUGCCAGAUGCUUUUAAAUUAUUUAUGGGUUCUCCAAAUGUUAUUCUCAGUCGAAAGUUUAUCGAAUAUGUAAUUCAAGGAUGGGAAAAUCUGCCAAGAACGCUCCUAUUAUACUUCUCAAACACCAGGUCUCCUCAUAAAGGUUAUUUCCAAACGCUUGCUUGCAAUUCCGAGGAAUUUUCAAGCACUGUCAUAAACUCUAACAUGCGUUCUACUGGUGUGGAGAACACAUAUCAAAUCGACCACACAAAUUCCAUAGUUUUAGAUCUUAAUGCAAUACAGGGAGUUGCUGCUUUUGCUGAAAAUGUUUCUGGAGACAGCAAAUUAUUGGAUGUCAUUGAUUCACAAAUACUUCAACGUGGUCAAAGGAUGGUCUCACCCGGGGGAUGGUGUGUAGGUUGGUCAGAUUGGGGCCGGGAUCCUUGCCUUCAAUGGGGGGAUCCUCUGAUUCUCAGACCAGGGCAUGCUGCAGAAAGAUUUGGGAAAUAUCUAUUGAAUUUGAUUGGCAACGGGACAAUUAGGUCAGAGAGAUGUGAUCAAUAGUUAAUCUUCGGUUCCCAUGCUAGCUCUCUAUUUUGUCUUGUUUUUCUACCAUUUUCUUUUAUCGUUAACCUUUUGAUUUACCAGAGUAUACUGUUAUCUGUUGGGUUUGGCACAAGUAGCAUGGCUCACAAGAUCAUGGAAAUUGUAGAUAAGUUAUGGCCUAUAGUAGUAACACGUUUUAACGGCUGACAUUUCUCUCCCAUUUUUUCCAAGUAUAAAAGUUGUACUCCCUGCACUCUUCAGUUUCAUUUUUGCAUUAAGUUGGAAAUCAGAAGACUCUACUGUCAUUAGCUUUGUAUGCUGCGGU